UAGUGAUCUUUUCUGAGUGUCUCCUACUUAUGACAAGUUGGACUUGGGAGGAAAGACAUCUGCCAAAGCCUGAAGCCUCCAAGUCAUAAACAACACCAAAUGGCCUCCCAUGAAGUUGAAGAUGCAGAGCUAGGGUCAGCCUCAGCCCAUGGUAUCCCAGGCAUUGAGCCAGGACCAGAUGGGGUGAAUAAUUCUGUCUACCAGCCCACUGAUGGAUCACAAGACUAUCAGAAAGGAGAACUACAGUUCCUUGGGGCUAUCCAUAUCCUGAAUGCAGCAAUGAUUCUUGCUUUGGGUGUCUUUCUGGGUUCCUUGCCAUACCUGUUCUACUUCAACAGGCACUUCUUUUUCUUCACCUUCUACACAGGCUACCCAAUUUGGGGUGCUGUGUUUUUUUGUAUUUCAGGAACCUUGUCUGUUGUAGCAGGGAGAAAACCCACAAGAACACGGAUGCAACACAGUUUUGGAAUGAACAUUGCCAGUGCUACGAUUGCAUUAGUGGGGAUUGCUUUUCUCUCAGUAAAUUUAGCAGUUAAUGUCCAGUCAUUAAAGAGCUGUCGGUCUUCACCAUCACAGGACCUAUGUAUUUACAUGGGCUCCAUAUCAAAUGGCAUGGUGUCUCUACUGCUGAUUCUCACCUUCCUGGAAUUGUGUGUGAGCAUCUCUACCUUGGCCAUUUGGUGCAAUGCAAACUGCUGUGAUUCUAGAGAGGCGAUUUCCUCAUCUCCCAAUUCUGUGGAAUCAAGAAUACCUCCUUAUGAAAAUAAUUCUGAAAGCAUGAAUAUUUGACCUUAAAUCUCCAGUGACUCAGAGGUUUACCCAUAAACUCAGGAGAACAUGAGCCUGCCUGUAAAGCUCAAUCUUUCUAUCAUGUCACCAAUCACUAGAACCUUGGACACCUGACUGACUCUAUCCUUUCUCUCCUUACUAUAAAUCCUACUAGUGUGUUGUGGGUAUAGAAGGACAGAUAUAUCUCUUCAGGCAUUCUUGGAUUUGUAACUUCUAUGAUCAUUACUCCAAAGUUGUUUCAGAAAUUGGUUCUAUUUUUUCGUACCCACCUACUUCAUUGCUUUAUGAGGUUUAAGGAAGGAAGGUAGUAUAAUACCUAUUUAAUAUAUUUUUCCUAAAAUCCAACUUCUGACCACCCAGUAGGAAGAAAAUUGAGACUUUUUUUUUUUUCAUUACAGAGAAAUGCUUCUUGACUUUAGCUAACAUUAGCAUUACAAAAAGUGUCAAAUGAAAAAAUUACCAUCAUUGUCAUGAAAAUAAAUUUUCACUGUAUUUGAGGUGGGCGGGUUAAGGCUCAGGGAUUUUGUUUCAGUGAACUGCUGGAAUUCACACAUGCCCUGAUAUGUAUAUGAUGAUUUAUGUUGGUGAGGCUGAGAGCAAGCCUAAAUGUGUUCUUCAAAGGACAAUGGGAGACUGUAAAGUAGAGAAGCCAAGAACAAGGAAGGCCUUUAGAAUCUGACAAAUCUGGGUUCAAAUUCUGAAACUUUCGCUUAUUACCUGUAUGAACACGGUACCUAAUCUCUCUGACCUAUUUUUCCACAUCUGUAAAAUAGAUAUAAUACAGACAACUACUUUGUCAGCCGCUACGAGGGUUAAAAGGAAAUAAAAAGAAGAUGUGGAACA